UUGUAGGUGGGUUGAGCGUUCACGUAAACAGCAGCAUUCAGACUAAACAUAUUUAUGUUAGUAUUUAACACGAAGGCCUGCUGUACAUAUCACCUCCAUCUGGGUGUAACAGUGUUGUAAGUUUCAUGAUUCUGUUUCUUGUGUUUGUAGAAUAACUGAAGAAAAGUAAAACAAAAGUAGAGCAGAUUUGUGAAAAUGCAAAUAUAAAUUGGUGUAUUGGAGGUUAAUUUGACAGAAAAUAUUUCACUGGUUGAAAAGUUUACAAAGUGUUCAGAUGAAGGAAAUAUCGCUAGUUAAGCUGACUUUAUCCAUUUAAUCAAUAGUUAUAAGAAACCGUGUUUGAGGAGUAGGUUUGUCUGCAGAGUCCUCCCUGCAGAGGUUGACAUUAGGCCUAACAGUGUAGCCCCCCACCCAUAAUCCUGCUGCAGACACACCUGUGCAGGAGCGUAUAAAGACCCUGGACCGGACUGAGCAGACAUCAAGCUCCAAGGAGUCUCUCCACACCUGAAGAUGAGUCCCUCUGCCAGCCUGCUCCUGCUGCUCCUGCUCGGCCUCUCUCAGGCUCAACCUUUCCAGGAGGAUGAAGGUCAGGACGCAGAGAUGGCAGAAGAUGAAGAAACGGAAGUGGACAUGACCACCCAGAUUCUGACCACCAAUAAUGCCACAGAGGAGUUCCUGCUGGAAGGAGACCUGGUGGCUCCCGUUACCAGAAACGCCAUGAAGUGCUGGUACAACAGCUGUCUGUGGAAAAAAGCCUCCAAUGGCAAAGUGGUGAUCGCCUACACGAUAAGUUCUCAGUUCUCCGGGUACGAGAGGCAGACGAUCGAGGGCGCCAUGAGGGCCUUCAGCCGCACCUGCGUCCGCUUCACCCCUCGCAGGAACGAGAACGACUACAUCAGCAUUGUGAACAAAGGCGGAUGCUACUCCGCCCUGGGCAGACAGGGAGGCCGGCAGGAGCUCUCUCUCAACAGGGCGGGCUGCAUCUACGGUGGCAUCGUCCAGCACGAGCUCAACCACGCUCUGGGCUUCCAGCACGAGCAGACCAGGAGCGACCGCGACCGCUACGUCAGGAUCAACUGGAUGAACAUCAUCCAGAAGAGCGCCUACAACUUCCACAAGCACGACACCAACAACCUGAACACGCCCUACGAUUACUCCUCCAUCAUGCACUAUGGAAGAUUCGCCUUCUCCGUGGGCCGGGGGAGGGAGACCAUCACCCCCAUUGGAAACCCCAACGCCCGGAUCGGCCAGAGGAACGGUCUGUCCCGCUGGGACAUCAGCAGGAUCAACAUGCUCUACGGCUGUUAGCAACACUCUCAGGUGAAUAAUGAUGGAUGAAA